CUAGGAGUGGGGUUCAGUGCAGGCAGCGUCCAGUCUAGCAGGAAGUGUUGUGUGUUCACGGAGACGUGCCUGGAGUGGCCAAACCAUGCUGAGUGCGGGGGAGAGAAACCUAAUGCUACUCCCAAGAUGAAGGCGGAGAUGCAGGCUUCCUCCAAAGAGGCAGGAGUUUUUUCACUUUUCCAGAAACUGUGUAUCUUCACCUAUUUCCUGGCAGAUCUCAAUCCAAUCAAGCAUCUAAGGAAUGUGCUGGACAAACAAGUCUGCUCCAUAAAGAUCCCACUUCACAACUUACAGGACUUGGUACCUGACAUCACAGCACACCUUCCGAGGUCUUGUGAAGUCCAUGCCUUAAUAGUUGUCAGUGGCGUGAACAUCACCUGCCCAUCCUCUAUUGUAAGAGGCACCUUAGGUGGCUCGGCCCUGCUCUCCGUCAGCUACACCAGCACCAGCUCUGACAGGCCUGUCAUCAAGUGGCAGCUGAAAAGGGACAAACCUGUCACUGUGGUACAGUCUAUCGGCACUGAUAUCAUUGGGAACUUGCGGGGCGAGUACCGCGGCCGCAUCAUGCUCUUCGAAAAUGGCUCACUGCUGCUCAACUACCUGCAGCUGUCAGAUGAGGGUGCUUAUGAAGUAGAGAUCUCCAUCACUGAUGACACCUUUACCGGGGAGAAACACAUGAACCUCACUGUAGACGUUCCUGUAUCCAGGCCAUUUGUGCACCUGGUGGCUUCCUCUGUGCUGGAGCUUACUGAGCACUUUAUACUUAACUGCACUCAUGAAAGGGGCACAAAGCCUAUUUACGGCUGGCUGAAGGGCGGGAAGCCUCUGACCAAUGACUCACGUCUGCUUCUGUCACAAGACCAGAAAGUUCUGACUAUCUCCAGGGUUCUAAUAUCAGAUGAUGAUGUCUACACAUGCACUGUAGAGAAUCCCAUCAGCAACAUGAAGAGCACACCUAUCAGACUCACAGUCUACAGACGAAGCUCUCUCUAUAUCAUCCUUUCCACUGGUGGAAUUUUUUUGCUCAUAACCUUGGUGACGGUGUGUGCCUGCUGGAAGCCUUCCAAAAAAAAAAGGCAACAGCCUCUUAUUCAGAGCAGGCAGAAUGUAGAGCAGAGCAAUGGCAAUCAUGAAGUUUCAGUUGAUAUUGUGCCGGGGAGAAGCUACCAUAACCGAAAAGGCCCAGGUGGAUUAUACGUUCUGAAGGAAACAGACUUUUCUGAAGACCAAGACGAGGACCCAUGUACCUACAUCCACCCUUUGAAUCCACAUAGUCCACCUUGCUAUCCUAGCACAUUCUCCUCUCCAGAAGCAUAUACCUACUCAGGAAGAAGAUACCCUCGUACCCCUGUCCCCUCUCCUCCCCCAACCCCAACCUCCGCCAUGCCCAUGGCACCCUCACCACACCUGCGAAGCUUACCGCGAAAGCCCCACCCAUCAGCUGCAAGCCCCACCCCAUCACAGACAGAGGAACAGUCAACUGUACACGAGUCUAGCAUUCACAGUCACAUUUAGCCAUCAGGUCAAAGCACACUAUUAGAGACAAACAAAUAUAUAAAGAAAAAGGAAAUGUUUGAUUGUGUUUGUUAAGGUGUAGCGGUCUGGGAAAACUCUUCAUAUACUGAGUUUCUACCAUACAACUUUUCUCUUCUAAAGCCUGUUUAUCAUUUGUAUGUAACUCUACCAAAAGUAAAGUGCUAACAUUUUAAAUCUAUCCCCUAAAGUGAAAAAAGAAAAUAUUUAAUUUUCUGAUUCUAUCAGACUCAACUGCAGAUAUUCUGACUGUCUGUAUCUGAAUUCAUUAUGCUUAUUUCACUAUACUAUGUAUCUAUCAUACAACCUGAUAAAAUUAGGACAUUCAGAGGGAGUUGAGUUAUUCAUGGAUUUUAUAUAGUAAUAACCAGCAUUCAGAAAUCAAAUAUAAAUUACGAAUACAGAAUGGAAAGCUCAUUUAUCUGGCAUGACAUAUAGCAACACAAAGAAGAGUUAAUCCAACACCACUGUCUGCUUGUUUAAUACAACCAUUAUAUGUCUGUAAAUAGACUAAAAUAAGUUAGGGAAUGCCAUUUGAAAAAAUAUUAAGUGCAUAAAUAUGAUUAUUAAUAUGGAUUCCUUUAAAAUCCACAAAAUGAUUUGGUUCGCAUGGAGGAUAAUGGAAAGUACAGAAAAUUUCAUUAAAAAAAUAGAUUAUUAUCAAGAUAAAUCUGGCAACAUUGGAAGUGUGAAGUACAUGUAGCCACCACACACAUUUUUGUUGUACACCCUGUUCUAGAUAUAGUCCACAUUUUGCUGUUAUAAUGACCUUCAGCCUUCUGGGAAGAUUUUCCACUAGAUUAUGGAACGUGUUUUUGAGGAUUUGUGAACAUUCAGGCACAAAAGCAUUAGUGAUUUCAGGUAAUGAUGUUAGAUGAGGAGGGCUGGGGUGCAUUUGGUGUUCCAGUUGAUCCCAGAGGUGUUCAGUGGGUGUUUGAGACAGAGUCAGGGCAACUCCAAUCUCGGUAAAUCAUGUCUUCAUGCAGCUUGCUUUGUUUUGGCCUUUUUAUUCACAAUGAGGAGAACCUGAAAUUGCUUCCAACAUUGUGGCAACAGUUUAAGGAAAACCCACAUGUGGGUGUGAUGAUCAAGUGUCCACAUACUUUACUUUACCACAUAGUGUAUAAGCAGAUGAUUUAUAUAAUCUGAAUGCCACAUCCAGAAAAGCAUCUGUAAAAAACCUACAGUAUCACUGAAAAAGCAUGACAUUCAACUCAUAACCUUUGCAUUUUAGCCACUUGACUAAGUAUAGCAUACUUAGAAAGUAUGGUUAUGCGGACUGACUGUUUUUACAGCUGUGUUUGUAAAAUUAACGUAAUGAAAAAAUGUAAAACUGAAGCAAAACACAUUUUCUUUUGUCCACAUUUAGCCACAGGUUUUCCCAGGCUGCCACACGUAUUGUAUAUCAUUGGUAACAAAAACUAAAUGUCUCAUAGAAGUCAGAAAUAUCAGAUUAUAUGGGGGUACUUGUUGUGAAAUGGCUUUAUGUCAGUUCAAAGUCAUCAUACCUCUACUUCUUGACCGUUUAUUUCUGUUUCUACUUCAGGACAUGUUAAAUGGAGCACAUUCACUUUUCAAUUCUUAAAUCAAUAUCAGACACCUAACAUAGCAAUAAACAAUGGAUAGUGGGCUGGACAGUUUUCAAUAAAUAAAACACGAAAUU